AUGUUGUGCGAGCUUCGGGGCGCCGCCUUCCAGUCCGUCUCACCGCUGCGCCUGACUGGUGGCGCAUUCGCCGUGUGGUCACAACUCCCUCAAGCCAGCCGCUGUUCUCCAGAAGCCGUGCGUGACGCCUUGUACGCGGCGUUCGCUUUGGACCAGUACGCGGCGUACGAGGCAUUCGCUACACGCCGCCUCCAGCCGGGUGAGUCCGCCGACGUCUACCUGGCAGAGCUGCGGAGGGCCGAAGACCUCGACCUGGUUAGUGUGCUGGCCCGGGCUCGUGCUGUACUCUCUGAUGAGAGUGUAGCUGCUGGUGUGGCUGCUGGAGCUGUAGUGACACAGGCUCGUGGUCAACCAACAACGGCCAGAGAGCAGCUUCACGAGCAACAACUGUUAGUCAACGGACGUCGUUGUCAAGUGCUCGUUGACACAGGCAGCACCGAGACCAUCGUGCACGCUUCGUGUUGCAUGCGGUGGCAACCGCGGAUCACCAGCGUAACGACCAUCAGUGGAGACACGUUCCGGUGUACUGGAGUCGGCGAGGUGUCUGUGGAGACUCCUGCUGGCCUGUGUGCCAGACUCGAAGCACUGGUGGUGAGCCAGCCUCCCCUGGGCGCGGAUGUUGUACUUGGCAUCGCAGGCAUCGAGGCACUUGGUGGAGUCACGGUGAAGUCUGCCUCUGAUGUUCAAUUCUGCGGCGCUGGACAGCGACGGUUGUGUGGCACCGCUGCCCCUGCGCCAUUGGUGGUGGACGCCCCUGACUUCAGCGUGCAGUUCAACACAGUGAGUCGGACGUGGAUCGUCACGUGGAAGUGGACGAAUGGUGCUGCCCCUGACUGUCUCGGCAACACAGUGGAGCAGUACAACGUGCCCCUUUCCAUGCGACAGGCGUUCUGCCAGGAGCUGGAGUCGUGGAUUACAAGUGGUUGGCUUGUACCUCACGAUGAGCAGCACCUCGGGGGCUUCUACCGCUCAUGGCAGUGCGGCAGAACAAUGGCGGUAAGCGACGUAUGCUCUGACCAACUAAGGAAGUGGCGCCGGCAUGGAGAGAACGUGUCCGUCCUCGACCUACGCAAGGCGUAUCUACAGGUGCGUGUAGAUCAGCAGUUGUGGCCUUUCCAGACCGUGAUGGUGAGAGGUCGGCGGUACUGCUUAACGCGCCUUGGAUUUGGCCUCAACAUCGCUCCACAAGUUAUGAAAGCAGUUGUCAAGACCAUCCUGGCUCAAGACUCUAAGAUCGAACAAGCAGUUUUGCCGUACGUAGACGACCUGCUCGUGAAUGAAGACCUGGUCAGUGCAGAGCAGGUUGCUGCACACUUCGCGAGUUACGGGCUGGAGUGUAAACAGCCAGUCCGUGUGGCGGACGGGCACGCUUGCUGGGUCUACGCGUACGUCCGGUGA